AAUUAUUUUAACUGUCAUGUCAGAAACAUCAUUGGGUUAAAAGAAUGCUUUAUACAACUAGCAAGACUAUGAGCCAGAACUGAUGGAAUCCUCAAGAUUUUAAUAGGUAUCAUAAAAAAUAACUAAAUAAGGAAAAACAAUAAGAAAAACAAUAGAAUCAACAACAAUAGAAUCCUCAAUAUCAAUAAUAAGAUGAGUAUAAUUAAUAAGAUAGAACAACUCCCUUUACAUUUACAGUUUAAAAUAUGCCAAAAGUAAAAUAUGGAAUAAGACUUAGAUAAACUGUUUUAAUCAUUAAGGAUAGACAUUUACUAAUUUUUGUAAAUGCAGGGAAUGCUUGCUGCCACUUUGUCCUGAGUGUGUGAAAGAACACGUUUAUGAGCAUUCAGAAUACAAGUCUUAUCCUAAAUUGGAAUGCUUGGAGAAUAUUUUAACUGAUGUUCACAAAGAAGUCUGCUAACAAGGUAAUUUUAGAAAGAAUAACUAAAGCAAAUUAAUUGGUACAUGCAUACUUGGAUAUAUAAAAGUCAAUCUCAUAAGCCUAUUCUUACACUUAGGAAACAGUGUAAAAAUUGAAGGAAGCCAAAAAUAGAAUAUUGAAUAUAGUGGAACAGUAUUUCCAUGCAUUGGAAAUCGAAUUGGAGAACAAAUAAAGAAAGAACUUUGAUAACUUCGAUCGUGAUGGAAAAUCCUUCUCUUAGGUUUUAAAUGCAAGAUGGAUUUCUCAUGUAAAUUUCUUAGACAAGUUAAAAUAACCAGAUUGUAUGUAUUCUCUACUACCCUAUCUGCUAUCCACAACUAUAGAGGAUAAUCUAUAAUAUCUAUAGACAGCUUAAUAAUUUUCAUCCAGAUUCAAAGAAGCUUAAUCUUUGAUAACCUUUGAUUCAAUAGAAUCGUAAAUUAUUCAUCAAAUAUACCAUUAGUUCAAAUUUAAGCUAGUAAAUAGCUUAGAUAGUCAAUGUAGUCCACAAAGAUUUGCCAGAAUUUCUUGAUAUUCACAAGCUUGCCACUCCUGAAAUAAUAUCUAGCAGGGUUUUGACUGUAAAAUCACAAAAUGCCUAAUUGUCACAACAAACUUCUAGAGUUUAGGAACAAAUUUAACUCAAUUAACUCAAAGAAAAAUCAGAACUUCCAAAGAUGUAUCGAUAGCCUGGAUUAGAGUUACCAUAUGGUUAUUAAUAAUAAUAAAAAAUGCCUUUGUAGUAGGUUCCUACUCAGUAAGUUCAGAAUCCAUUAUUUUACAGUGGAUACCCGUAAUAAGUUUAUGGACAAUAGCCAUUCAAAUAAGCUUAGUUAAUUUCACCUAAUAAAUAUUAAGGUUAUUCUUAAACUCUAUAGCCAUAUCAAUAAUUAUAAGCAGCAUAUCCUAAUUUUAAUACUCAGUUUUCUAAUCAAGGAUAUUCAUCCUAAAGGUAUUAUUGA